AACUACCCUGUGACGCCCUAGAAUUCCCACUGUAUCACCCCCAUUCUGUGUCUCCACCACCACCACACUCUCCUCCCCCCUCUCUCUCUCUCUAAAUCUUUUUUUCAUUUUAAACUAACGAAAUCGUUCAGUUUCAUUCACUCUCCAUCUGAAAAAACAACUUUGUUUUUCGCUUCAAAUCUCCAAUUCUAUCGUAAAUACUGACCCUCUUAACGCUCAUCAUUUUCGUUUAAUUUACAAGAAAUCCGUAGCUUUAUUCAAUCUAUACCACCGUUUAUUUGUAUAUUCUUUCUCUAUUUGUUGAAUUUGAUCGAUUUGUUAGGGUUUCGGUUUGCUAUUUUGAUCGAAUCGGUAGGAUUUUGUUUCAAUUGUUGUUGUAAUGAACACGCGAGGACAGUAUCCUCGGGGGUUCGGCGGUGGCCGUGGUGGGAACUUCAACGCAAACCCUACUUUUCAACCAAGAAACCCUCACCAACAGUAUGUGCAGAGGAGUCCAAUGCAGAACCAUCAGCAGUUUCAGCAUCAGCAACAUCAUCAUCAACAACAGCAGCAUCAGCAACAACAGCAUCAACAACAACAGCAUCAACAACAACAGCAGUGGCUGAGGAGGAAUCAAUUGGGGGCCGAUUCGAGCCUCGAUGAAGUUGAAAAGACCGUGCAGUCGGAAGCCGUUGAUUCGAGUUCACAAGAUUGGAAGGCACGGCUAAAAAUUCCGCCGCCUGAUACUCGGUAUAGGACGGAGGAUGUGACAGCCACCAAAGGAAAUGAAUUUGAAGACUAUUUCCUGAAGCGUGAGCUGCUUAUGGGGAUAUAUGAGAAGGGGUUUGAAAGUCCAUCACCGAUCCAAGAGGAAAGUAUUCCAAUUGCUUUAACGGGAAGCGAUAUUCUUGCUAGAGCUAAAAACGGAACUGGGAAAACUGCUGCCUUUUGCAUUCCUGCAUUGGAAAAAAUUGAUCACGAUAACAAUGUUAUUCAAGUUGUUAUACUUGUUCCAACACGAGAAUUGGCUCUUCAGACGUCACAGGUUUGUAAGGAGCUUGGGAAACACUUGAAAAUUGAAGUGAUGGUUACUACUGGUGGAACCAGCUUAAAAGAUGAUAUAAUGCGUUUGUAUCAACCAGUUCAUUUACUCGUUGGAACUCCUGGAAGAAUAUUAGAUCUUGCGAAAAAGGGAGUCUGCAUUUUAAAAGACUGCUCAAUGCUUGUUAUGGAUGAGGCUGAUAAGCUUUUAUCUCCAGAAUUCCAACCGUCAAUAGAGCAACUGAUUCGUUUUUUGCCUGCAAAUCGACAAAUUUUGAUGUUUUCAGCCACAUUUCCUGUUACUGUUAAGGAUUUCAAAGACAGAUAUUUACAUAAGCCCUAUAUUAUCAACCUUAUGGAUGAGCUUACUCUUAAGGGUAUAACACAAUUUUAUGCUUUUGUCGAAGAAAGACAAAAAGUUCACUGCCUAAACACUCUUUUCUCAAAGCUUCAAAUCAACCAAUCAAUCAUUUUCUGCAAUUCGGUGAAUCGGGUAGAACUGCUGGCAAAGAAAAUUACAGAGCUUGGUUAUUCUUGCUUCUAUAUUCAUGCGAAGAUGCUUCAAGAUCAUCGCAACAGAGUAUUUCAUGAUUUCCGUAAUGGUGCAUGCAGGAAUCUUGUUUGUACAGAUCUGUUUACAAGGGGAAUAGACAUUCAAGCGGUCAAUGUUGUUAUUAACUUUGAUUUUCCAAAAAACGCAGAGACGUAUUUGCACAGGGUUGGUCGAUCUGGGAGGUUUGGACACCUUGGUUUAGCAGUGAAUUUGAUCACGUAUGAGGACCGCUUUAACUUGUAUAGGAUUGAGCAAGAACUUGGUACUGAGAUAAAGCAGAUUCCUCCGCAUAUAGAUCAGGCUAUUUACUGUCGCUGAAGAUGUGAUUGUUAUCUUGAUAUGUGGUCCACAUUGGUAACAACGGAUUGCCUGUUUGAGAAGAUAUAUAAUAUAUCAGCACCUGAGGGUUGCAUUUCGAAAUCGAGGCAUUGGUUCAUGGAAGGUUUCAGGUUGCUUCAACAUGCAGAACCCUUGUAGUAGCCCUUCUUAGAUUUCUGGCUUUCUCAUAGCCCUUGAAAACCUUGAAGGGGACCAAAAAAAAUUAUAGAAUGGUACAAAAAAAUCCAGAUAGAAGCUAGGUCCUCUGUAAAAUUGCCUUUGGUUUAAUUUGCACUUGAGACUAGUUUUGUCUUUUAUUGAAUGAUAUGUAUGCAGUAUGACCUCUUCUUUUGUUUUUGGGGGGUUAGAAAGAUUGUGUAUUAUGCUUUAUGCAUAAAAUUCAUGGUUUCUCCCUAGUUUUUCUA